AUGGCCAACAGACUUUUCAUCUAUUUACUUCUGAUAUUUUUCGUAUUCAACGUUCCAAUUCUCCACUCAGUUGGCAGCGAAGCGAAGUUCAAGUACUCAAAAGGGAUAGUAUAUAAAUACCAGCACCAAGUAGACGUGAACAUCAACUUAGGAAAUGGAUCCAGCACCUCAGAGCUGCACAUCGAGUCUACAAUCUCUCUAAAAUUUUUAACCCCCUGCGAAGCAGAGUUGCGAGUGACCAAAACAAGUAUCCGUCAUGCAACACGAGGAAAAUACGACGCGGAUUUCCCAGACCGGUCUGAAGCGGACUUCAAAGAAGCCCUGGAGCACUACAGUCUCCGAUUUGCAUUCGAAGACGGGCAGGUCCGGGAGCUGUGUCCGAAUUCCGAGGACCCGAUUUGGGCGAUAAAUAUUAAGCGAGGGAUUCUGUCAAUGCUUCAAAACACCAUGAAGAGAUUCGACGUGGACCAUCACACAGACGAGCUGGACGUGAACGGAAUCUGCGACACGCGUUAUCGUCUUCACGAGGCGCGCAAGACUAGUUUGAUCAUCAAGAAGAGCAAAAAUUUGAACGGGUGUAGCAAUAGAGGCAAGCAUUUGUCUAUAAUUCAGUCUAAUACUUACGCAAGUCCCCGAACUCACACCCAAACUGCGCUAGUCGACUCCCAGUAUGACUGCGAUAUUGUUUUGGACCACAAUAUUUAUGAAAAAGUGACUUGUCAAGAGUUUCAUCGUCUUCAGCCGCUGUCCAGUGGCGACACUGGAGUGAGGACGGAAAUUUACUCAAGCCUCGUGCUGGUUGAAGAAAUCGAAGCUGAUUUAAACGCCGAGGAUGAGGAGAACGAGUUUGGAAGCAGGGAAGAUGAUGAAGCUAAAGACAGCAAGCCGGCAAAUUCUAAAAUAAUCCCCACGAAUUUAUUGUACGACCAUUCAGCGACUGCUUUUUCCAGUCGAACGAUUCACGGAGAGCUUAGAACGACGCGAGAUUUACUGAAGAACAUGUGUCUUCUCGGGUCUAGCAGUCAGCUUGAGCAAGCAUUCUCGGAGUACUUCAGCAAAUUCGUGCAUUCCGCCCGGUUCCUCGAUUAUUUGUCACUCUCUCAGCUGCUGGUCCGCGCGGAAGGAACUUGCGAGGGCGGAAGGAAGCAUGUUCUAGAUGCGCUUCCGUUUAUCGGGACCAGCGCGGCUGUUAAGGUGAUGCGUGACGCAAUGCUGAAGAAAACAAUCACCAAGGAAAGGAGCGAGUCCUGGAUAACCGCAAUAGCUCUGAUACCAAGACCAGAUGCUUCGACGGUCGCGGCAUUGUUGCCUUUGCUGGAGCUCGAGCGUGAAGACGCGAACGGACAUUUAAAUCUCGUUUACUCGGCGGUCGUUCGAGCAUUCUGUCUCCACAAUAUCGGAAAUACUGCGAGCCAAAGACUGCAGCCGAGCUUUUUGCACUCCGACGACUGCUUAAGCAUCGGAGGAACCGGGAUAGAUCGAUUUCUCGAUCACCUGGAAUCCUCCAUCGAGACCGGGUGUGCUCCCAGAGCCCACGAUGACGAAGAAAUAAAACGAACUUUGGAAGCUCUUAAAGCCAUUGGGAACAUGGGACUUGAAAGAGAUGGACUGCUAGAUAAGCUCAAGGUUUGUAUGGAGAACAAAGGAGGAUUUAUCUCUAUGGAGACAAGGAUAGCGGCUAUUGACGCCCAUCGGCGCUUACCUUCUUGCCAGAAAACUCGUGACCGUGUUUUCCUUCCCUACUAUCGGAAUGUCACCCUUGAACCUGAGAUACGAAUUGCCUCUUAUUUACAAGCGAUGCGCUGUCCUGAUUAUAAUGUUGUCAAAACGAUAAAGCAUACUCUCAAAGAGGAGCCUAUCAAUCAGGUUGGAUCAUUUGUCUGGAGUCAUUUGACAAACUUGAUCGCCUCGUCAUCGCCGACGAAAAUUCAGGUCCAAAGUUUGCUCUCCGAUCGGGAUUUGAGCGAUAAGUUCAACAGCGAUGGAAGAAAAUACUCCCGUAAUUACGAGAAAUCAUUUUUCUCCGAAGAAUACAAUGUUGGCGGUACCUUCCAGGCGAACGUUAUAUUUUCAUCUAAAUCAUUCGUACCGAGAACGCUGACAUUUAAUAUAAGUCUGGACUUAUUCGGAGAAUCGGUCAAUGUCAUCGAGGCGACCGUACGAAUGGAGGGUAUGGAGUUCUACAUUGAGAGAUUUUUUGGACCAAAUGGACCGUUUGCCAAUGAAGAAAUAUCCCGGCACAUAAAUACCCUGCUGAGGAGCUUGAGGUCCGCCGGUGAAGCGGAAAAUUAUUGGGAGAGCUUGAAAACUCUGCCAAAUAUUAUAGACAAUAAUUUCAAUGACCCGCGGGUCAGUUUUUCCUACAAAAUAUUCGGCAAUGAGCUGGAGUUUGUGAUGCUGCGGGGCAAGGAAGAAAUAGCCAAAUCGCUGGCCUCUUUUGAUCCUUGGGCGAAGAUUAGGAAUUUAUUGUCUGGUCGGGAAAUCCACUACGAGUACACAGGAAUGUUUUUAGAUGCCAGUUAUAUUGUUCCUAGUACCGCGGGCUUGCCGGUUCGCUUGGAUCUAUCAGGAUCUGGAGCUUGUAACUUUAAAUUCUCCGGGCUCUUGGACAGCGAGCGUUUUAUGAAAAAUACUGAAAUGCAACUUGUUGGAAAUUUAUCACCAAGUGUGAGUAUUGAUAUCACGGGAAAGAUGACUGUAGACGCGUUUUAUAAAAGUGCGUCGAUGAAGCUGGUGAGCAAUGUUUACUCCUCGAGCGCCAUGAAAGUCGAUCUGGACAUCCAGGGCAUCAGACUCGUCAGGCUAAAUCUCCAAGUACCCAAUCGUAAAUUACAAGUAUUCACAAUACAGAGUAAUAUUCUUCUUGUGAAUGGGAACGGGGCUGAGAUUACGGAAAAUCCGGCGUUGACAUAUAUACAACUUCCCAAUAAAUAUAAAACCAUUGCCAAUUCGAGUUGCAGUUGGCCAGUGGUUGAACAAUUAAUUGGUUUAAAACUUUGUUUCGACUAUCAAUUUCCAAACGUCACAGAUAUUGCCAAUGCGCCAUAUUUCUUUCUGAAUGGUCCGACUUUCCUCCGUACAUCUAUCAUCAAAGCUGAUCCAAGCGCUAAGAGUUAUCUUUUUGAAUACACGUGGAAUGCAACACCAACUGAUAGCGAAUUGAGAUUGGCUUUUGAUACUCCUGGGUCAUUAAUAAAUCGUGAAUCCAGCGCGACUGUUAGUUUUGACGCCAAAACACGGAAUCCAAGCAACCACGGAUUUACUUACUUACCAAAACUCGACGUAAGAGUCAACGAUGAAAAAAUAGUCGAGCUAUCAGGGUCAGUAAAAAAUAACCAUAAAAACAACGUGACUCAGUGUGACAUAGAUCUGAAUUUCCAGACUAAGAAAAUAAAAAGCCGAGUACGCGGAUACAUUAUGAAGAGAAACAUAAGUUUGACCGGCAAUGUAAGACUCGAGUAUCAACUGAAGAAUAUGAAUAAAGAAACUCUGCAAAUAGAAAUAGCAAUAACAAACCGCUCGAGCAAAACAUUAACCCACAAAGAAGCUAAUAUGAAGAUACAGUCCAGCGCAUAUCCAGAAUUGAAUGCAAUAAUAGACACAUGGUACCAGCAAGCUCUGGGUCACUUGGAGCUGCAUAUGGAGAUAAACGGAAAGCCGCAUUUGAAAGACGACCGUCAUAAGCUGACGACUCAAUUAGUUUUGACGUAUUCUAAAGCGUACUUCCAGAGUCAAGAAGCUAAAAUGAAUGCAUUUAUUGCCAUCAGCAAACCGAUUCAGAAUAUUGACAUUAAAAUUGGGAUCCAGCGGUUUUCUAUUGGCCCGACUUCUAAAACGUACUUAUUGAUUAGAUACGCUCCGGGAAAAGAAAUAACUCUGGCAGUAAAUUUAGUGAUUCCUCGUGGGUCUAUGUUCGCGAUAGAAGGCCACGCGAAUAUGACAAUCCCGAAUUUAGAUUCGCUUUUAAUUGACGUCCGUAUCACGGAAAAAGCUCGCGGAGAGUACGACCUCGAUUUUGCGGGCACUUGGUUCAGCGGACACAAUGCAACAAUUCGCGGUACUUAUGCUGAUAGAUCGGUAAUAACUAGCGAACGCCGUAUACUGAGCCACAAUCUUAAAUUAAUCUUAAGAUCACCGAGUUUGUCUCAAGACAUUUUAUUUAAUUGUAAAUAUUACCGCGACCAUGUCGAUACUAAGUUAGAUGUUGUGGUGGAAUAUUUAGACGCUGAUAAAUACGCAAUAAAAUAUCAGAAUUCAAUUAUAUCUUUGACGCGAUUCUUGACCUACGCCGAGGCGAGAUUUAAGAAUAAUGUUUACGCUGUCACGGCAAACAUAGACGUAGAAAGAGAAGUCAGACUGGAGUUACAUCUUGACAAUUGGAGAGAUGUUCAUCUGAUCGCGACGGCUAUAAAUCAAGAUACGAGCAAGGAAUUUGGUUUUGAACUAAAGUGGGACGCCAACCGAGAUCCAGCGAUGAAAUUUACUACUCUCCUUCAAUUCAAUAAAUUUUAUCAAGAUCAUCCGACACUGUCGCGCAAUCUAACUGGUACAGCUAUGAUUUCUUACCCCGGAAGACUAUUUACUGGCUCUUGUUUCCUUGGAGUUCUCCAGGGACACAAUUACGUUCUGGAUGCUUAUAUAGACUGGGACCCGACCAAGAGCAUAAGAAUUACCAUCGACACGGACUACGACCCAAAAAAUUGGAAGAAUUACUUCAAAUUUGACAGCCAAAUGCUGACGCCUUUCGAACAAUGGAAGAAGACUUCAUUGAACGCGAGGUACCACUGGACCGGCCAGGAAUUUAAAGCAGACUGCGGGAUUAAUUGGCAAGACAAUCAGCGGUUCUUAAUUCAAAUUUACUCGAGCUCUCAGGAAACUAAAAAUGUUAUCGAGUGGAAAGCUGACUGCGGAUUAACGAGUACUGUUCACUCAAUUGGCUGGAUAACGACUAACCUGACGCAUAAAAUAAUUCAUGACUCUAGCACCACCACUUUCGACUCUCAUUUUCUGGUAAAUUACAGCCCGGACAAAGUUAUAGACUUGAGGAGUCUCUGGCAUUUGAAUGAAGCUCUGAAUCCUGAAGACAAUGUCACUCUCGCUGGAAACUUGAGGUUCGUUUCGCCAUUUGAUAAUUACGAAUCGGGAGAUAUCAAGUGCCAGAUGAGAAUGAUGUCCAAUUGGAAGUUUGACGGGUACUCGAGCAUUGAAAUAGACACAAGAAGGUACACCGGAGUCUUGCAGGGCGAUCUGACGCGCAUAAAAGAGUCUAUGGUGCAAUUCAACAUCACAACCCCGCUGGAAAAGUACUCGUUUGUCCGAGGAAGGUUCGGUUUGUCGGAGCGCAAUAAGCAUGUUGUUGCUGAGCUUGUCUUGCCCUCGGGCCCGAUUGGAGUCGAGGCGCUUUGUCAGCUGUUCACGGCGACCAGUUAUGACUUUAAUGUCAUGCUUCGACUUUUUACUCCGAUUGAAGCGCUGCAGAAAUUUAUGGUAAUCACCAAACUUGUUAAAACAGAAGCUGACUUUAGGAUUGGGUAUAAUAAUAUCACUGCGGGAUUUACUGCCGUCUGGCACUACAACAAUCUUACUGAUUUCCACUACAGCUAUGUUCUUUUUACUCCGAUUCAUGGACUCCAUGAAAGCGGUGUUGUGGCUAAGUUAAUUUUAAGCGAUAAAAGUGAUGAAGCUAAUCGCUUCUCUGGAGCUCUUGAUACUGAAUUUACUAUUAGGAUCGUCGAAACUAAAUUCGGGGUUCUAAUAAACGCUGGACCUAAAUUUUCUGCGCUUCAAAUGCUUUCUGCGGAAGAAAGACUCAUUGAGUUGAGCUUUGAGCCUGAAGAUGAUGACUUUAGUUGGCGAGGUGAUGUCGAAGUAAGUUUGAUAUUUAUUUUUACUAUAAAUACAUAAAAUUUUGCUUAAUUAAACACUUAAUUUUGUUAAAUUGCACUGUGCUUUCUUGACUAUUGACGUUUUUAAAGAUAUAAGCUCAUCCCGAUGUUACAUUCAUCAAGAGCUUUCAUUUGAGUACCCACAUGCAUUUUUGAUAUAUUUUUCAUUAUAUAUAUAUAUAAAUAUUCAAUAUAUAUAAAUAUAUGAAAAAUUGAUGUAGGUACUCAAAUGAAAGGUCUCGAUGAGUAUAAUGUCGGGACGAGCUUAUAUUUAAAAAAAUGUCAAUAGUUCAAAAGAUACAAGGUAAUUUCUUAAUAACGUAUUUAUUUAAACUAAUUUUAGAUAAACGUUGCAAUAGUUGAACCGAUAAUCGGUUCCCUGGAUUUAGACAAGCAAGGACGGAUGUAUCAAGUCGCCGGAGUACUUCGUAUUCCUCAGGGCGCGAUUACUCUGAACGAUAGAUUCGUGAUGGAGGACUUUUUCGAUAUGAAGAAUACACUCGAAAUAAAAACACCGUUCACCGGAGCAUCAGAAGUAAAUUCUCAGUACGUAUUCAAAGUUGACAUGGAAAAUUCAGUCUACUUGCUGGAUAUGAAUUUGCGGGUCAAUAAAAAUGACUCGACGACGUGGAUUGAAACUGGCCUUCGGGGAAAUUAUUCAUACAUGGAGCACGACGAGGACGAUUCUAAGAUCCACAAGUUACAUAUAAUAUUCAAUACUCCGACGAUAUUUAUUGGGUAUGUAGACGCUCAGGGGACACUUGAGUUCGACGAAAGUACUUAUAAAACGAGUAUUGCUGUUAAAACGAAUGAGAGUAAAGCAGAAUUCGCGGGAUCUCUGGAGUUGGAGGAGGCCUUUUUCGAGGGCUCUCUGACCACCAGCAUCGAUUCGCCCUAUUUUAGCAUUCCCAAGGUGAAGAUAGAUCUUAAAAAGGACUUUUUCGAAGCAGAAAAACGUCUAGAGUGCAGCAUUGAAAUGGAUAACGACAAAGAAAAUCGUUGUCAAUUACGCUUGCAGUGGAACAUUAAAUCCGAAGACAAUGUUAAAUUAUUUGUCGGAGUUAAAACGUGGAUAGUGCCUUUAGAAAAUAUUGAAUUCGACGUAAACUAUGACAAUAAUUUAUCACGUGAUAAAACUUUGGCCGUGCAGUCGAAAUUAAAAUAUCUUGAAAGUGAGUAUAAAUUAUCGGGCGCUUUGCGUUCUAACGGCACAAUCGAUAUUGACUUCGAAGGACCUCAAGACUCUCGGGGUUUCGACUGUCGAUUUGACGGUCUGCUUGACUCAGACAAUAAACUUACCGGAAAAUUGAUAAAUUUACGUACAUCUAAAAUUUAUAACGUCGAGGGUUUAUUCAAAGUCGCUAGAAAAGACCCGGAGACUUCUAAAUUAGAUGCCCGGAUAACUCUAACUCCGGAAAACGAACAAGAACAAGAAGAACCUCAUACCAUAAAUUUUGUCCUUACUCGCGAAAAGUACGGGAUGGGUUUAAAAGUCGCAAGUGAGUCGACAAACGGCAGCGCAUCACUCAGCUACAUCAAUCCGCUGAAUUGGGACGUGAAUCUCCAAGCAGAUUCUUCAACCAAGGAAUCAGAAGUUAAAAAAUACCAAUUAAAUGCAUUUACAAGCGUUCAAGUUAAUGGAAACACCAGUGUUUAUAUCAAUGUUCUGACCCCGUGGUCAGAAUUGGAAAAGUUUGAGCUUGAGGGCAACCUUCUGCUUACAAAUCACAGCGGGGAGAUGAGGAUAAAGCACGACCUCAAUGAAAAUAAUGGACACCUGAAUCUGGCCUGGAAACUUCUCUACAUGAGCGACAUGUUUUUGAAAUUGAGCGGCGGAAGGAAUGACAAGGACGUUGAUGUUGAUUUGUUCUUUGUAAAUCCCCAACGCGCUUUCCGCAAUAUCAAUGUGGGAUUCGACAUCGCGGUUGAGAAAGAAUUGUGGAGAUGCGCUGCGAAUACCAGCGUGGGGUACAGGGAUAAUGAAAACAUCGACGUGGUUAUCGCGGUUCGACUUCCACCGCCCAAUAAUGAUGAUCAUCGGGUUUUAGUUAGUUAUCACGCGAAGGGAGGCAUUCAAGACGCGACUUACGUCGUGGGAUACAAUGCUGCUAAAGCGAAAAUUAAUUACGUUUCAGACGGCUCAAUUCGCAUGGCGGAAAAAAAUCUUGACGCCCACGUUCGAUUUGCUUGGGAUGAUUUACCGAGCAGUGCUAUUAAUAAUCUUUUGAAUGUUACUUUCGAUCAAAAGCGGAUCGGGCUGAAGUACUCUCUGUACACCCCUCAGGCUAGGAAUGGAGAAACUGCUAUUAUUUUAUUCAACUACGACGGGCAGAAAGUCGAGGAAAGUAUUAUAGACACUGAAAUUUAUUAUCCAGCUCGGCGACGCAUGGGUACUGCACACAUUUCUUACUCUAGUUUAUCGAAUAUCAAUGGUACUUUAAAUGUAACGACACCGAUGCCCCGUUUCUCUUAUGCAGCUUGCAAUUUUAUUGUACUUACAACGUUAAAACAAACCAAAAGAUUCGUCCAAGUAUUUUGGGAAAAUGAAAGCGCUUUGUUCAACUCCGACUAUUCUUACCACAGCGAAAAAUUAGAUUCAAACCUAGAAGGAAUAGUCCAACUAGAAGUGCCCCUAAGUACCCGUCAUAUCGCGGAGCUGAAUUACGGUUACAAAAAACGUCCGCAAGUGACAACAGGUCACGCGGACUUAAUCUACAACAAAGAAAAAAUAGUUAUAGCACGUUACAAUUCCAAAGGAGAGUCACGUGCAGGCUUUGAGAAAGACAGCAUCCAAAUAACUCUUGAGAAUUCUUAUCAACCGCUGGGUAUUACGUACGUCAAUCAAUACACGUACAGCGCAGGUAACGCCGGAACAAAUUACCCGACGGUAGAAUGGAGACGUGUCAAUGUCUACCGCCUCGACAAUAGCACAGCUUUCAAUAUCGCGGGAGAAUCUCAAGUUAAAACAUUCCACGAGGGCCAGGAAAUGCAAUUCAAAGCCGAACAUUUAAAUCGUACUGUCACUCUUUUGACAGACUACCGCGUACUACCGGGCGAAUUCGAUCAUAACUGUCGCAUAGAACUAGCUGAAGAUGCCUGGGCAGCCUAUAAAUUAAAUAUCAUCAACAAGACAACUGAAGAAGUCGACAAUCAAUUUAUAGUUGUAAACAUUUCUUAUCCCUGGAGGAAUAUCAGCUUGGACGGAUUUUACUGGAUAGCAGCCGGAGAAUUAAACUCCGAAGCAAAGCUUCAUUGGAACAAAACUAGCAAUUACGCCUCUGCGGAGGAGGAGUCUAGUUACAUGUAUGACGAGGAAGAAAUACUUCAGAGUAGCUUAAGAGAGCGCACAAUUGGAGUUGCAUUCUUGUGGAAAAAUGUCACCGACAGCGACGAUCACGGAGAUAGGCAGAUGGCUGUUUUUAGUUUGAAGCAUCCUGGGUUCAGUAAAGACGCAACAGUAACAGGCUAUUUAAACAGAAGAGAUAAGACAACUGUGCUAAACGCCAGCCUCGUUGUAGAUUACUCCGAUAAUCCUGACAAACUCGUGAAGCUCUUCACUGUUAUCAAUAACGAGACACGUGAGACCGAUGAAUUUCGGUGGAGUUACGUAAUCAGCGGGAAGCAUCCGCAAACAAGGCUAGAUCUUGAUAUUCAAGGCUACAUCCAUAAAAAUUCAAGCUACUUUGUGCAAACGGACCACAAUGCUAAAUUCCGACGCAGUUAUCUUCCAGAGGAGACAGGCAAGCUCUAUUCAAGAUUCGAUCCCGAUAAUUACCAAGUGGAGUAUCAUAGACAGAGCACCGACCUUACUAAGCACCUAGAUCUGGCUUACUACCCACUGGACACCGAGUAUGUCAUAAACGGCAGCAUUAUUGACUCUCCGAAAGAUCUAAACGCCUCCGGAGCACUUUACUUGAAUGUCCCAGAAAAACUGACCUGGCUGAUGGUCAAUUACACGCCUGACUCAACCAAAAGCCUCCGAAUGUACGGAAACAUUCCAGACGCCCGCAAUGGAGUUUUCAAUAUUUGGAGAACGUAUGAGCGAGAUCUAGUGAUUUCGGAUGUUGCUUUUUAUUUAUGUUUGAACCAUUCAAGGCUGGUCACUUCGACUCUUAAAUGGCGGCCUGAGUUGAGGAGCGACUUGACUAAUUUUGUAAAAACUACUUUUUCUGAUUUUUACAAUGAUGUUAAUAAAGACUUAGAUUACUGGAAGCACUACGUAAGGAGUGAGAUUGUCAGCACCACUUCAGACAUUUGGGAAAAUGCUCAAGAAGAUUUGCAGAUGUUGGUUGAAGAUUGGAAUAAUUUAAAAGAGCUUGAUGAGGACUUAAAUAGACUCAAGGUUUAUUUAAAUGACUCUUACAAUAAUAAUGACUUUUAUAUGAAGGAUUUGAUGGCUGUAGGUGCGUAUGUUAUUGAUGAACUAGCUCUGAGGAGCCAUAUUGAUUCGCUUCCGAAUAUUUUGAAUGAAAUUUGGGAAAUCAUGGGCGAGUCCGGUCGCGCUAUCCGCAAUUCCCUCAUCUGGGUGAUUGAAGCGGUCAAAAAUGGGUACAAAAAAUUAACAGAGAUUGUAAGUGCGAUUCUCAAAGGAGAAUCUAUUACACAAAUUGCUAAUAUCAUUGAAAAAAUUGUGGAAAAGUAUGACAAGUUUAUCAAAGACUUGCACGUGUCGUUUAUCAAGUACAUGGAGAAUUUGUGGAACAAGAUGUCUUUUGCGAUAACUCAGCAGUGGGAUAAAGUUCUGAAGAUGAUAGAGCCGAUGUUUUUGAGGAUUCUGCAUUACAUUGAAGACGUUUUGUGGAAAGCUAGCAAAGAAGUCGUGGACUUUUUGUACGACCGUAGGAAUGAGUUGAUAAAAUCACCUUAUUUUGAUAGAUUCACUAACUUCACUCAGGACGUCGACAAACUGUACCGUGACAUAAAAGCCAAUGAUAUCAUAACAAACAUACGCAAGUACUCGGCGAUUGUAAUAAACUUUAUACGUGAGCGGUACUUUACUAUGGUACCUUUUGGGAAUGAGCUCAAAGAUCUGGUCGAAGAAAUAGCAGCUGAAAUAGCGGAGCUCAGAAAGCUUCCGAGUAUAAACUUUGCGUUAGAAAAAAUUCAUUAUAUCUACAACAGAGUGAGCUACUUUUAUCAGUACUUUGGAGUCCAGAGUAAAAUCGAAAACGCAAUCAAGAUAAUUCAUUCUAAAUUGAUGGACAUAAGUCAAACUGCCCUUCAAGCUGAAAGUAAAUAUCGCGAAGCUAAGACUAAGUUUAUUUUUGAUCCAAAUGAUGGCUUGAUGUGUUUGGAGCAAAAGUUGCCGAUGUCUUGGCACGCGUUCAAUCAAACUCCGGAGUUUCAGGAGAUUCCUGAGUAUCGCGCGUUGGUGGACAUUCAGAAUUACUUCACUGCUUCUAAUACGACUUUCUGGACGUUUUAUUAUAGGUACAAGCCUUACACUGAUCCUUACAAUUGGCUGCCGCCGUUCAAAGCUCAGGCGAUGAUUGUUGGCCGUCAGCAUUUUGUCACUUUUGAUGGAAGACAUUACGAUUUUGCUGGGACAGAAACUUAUCUGCUGGCUCAUGAUUUUAUUGACCACCUAUUUGCAGUUUUUAUUUGUUAUUCGCCGAAUGAAAGUAACUCUUCAAUUAUUGAUCACAAAAUUAUAGCGACAAUUGGAGAGCAGAGCCUGCUGGUGGAUCUUUUUAAUGACAGCAUUAAAUUUGCCGACUCAAAUGCGGUUUUGAGAUUGCCGGUUGAGCUGAAGAAUUCCACUGGGUUCGUUUAUCAAGAAGAAAGCAUUGUAACUAUUGAACUGAAGAACAAUCAGUUUAAACUCAAGUGUAACUUCAAGUAUGACGUCUGUGUGAUCCAAUUGUCAGGUUGGUUCUUUGGUAAGACUGCUGGGUUGCUUGGAACGAUGAACAAUGAGCGCUGGGAUGAUACCAUAGGAUCUGAUGGUAGAGUUACUGAAGAUAUUGCCAGCUUCGCUGGUAGUUGGUCAAUUUCUCGGGCUGGAUUAGUAGUUGGAUCUUCUAACCUGGCUCACGUCGGCUACGACAAAUCAGAGUCUUUUGAUCUUUGUUUAAAUUUGUUCGGGAACCAAAGUUCCGAGUUUAGCGACUGCUUUAUGGUUGUUGAGCCGCAAUAUUAUACCGAAGCCUGUUUGAAUACCAGAUCAAUGUCCGAAGUAUGUACACUGGCUAUUUCAUAUAUGCAAAUUUGUGGCUUCUACGAUACGUAUCUGAGAAUACCGGACAAAUGUACUACUUGCACAAUGACCAACGGCUCCAGCGUACUGGAAGGAGAGUUCCGUAAACUGGAAAAUUCAAAUGUUCCCAAUUCUACGGACGUUGUGUUCAUUGUCGAGGCUAAAUUAUGCAAUGAAAAUAUCAGGGAAAACCGGAGUAUUGAUCUUCUUGUUACGCAACUUGAUAAAGAAUUCACGGAUAAUAAUUUUAAAGAUAAUAGAUGGUCGUUGGUGGUGUUCGGUGGUGAUGGGGUUUAUGAUACUCCGAGGAGUCACACGCUGGAUAGUAGGAUAUUUUCUGAUAAUGUUAAUAGAUUUGUUAAUUACUUUGAUAAUAUAAAAAUCGGGGACGGCAAUCAGGAUGUCUUUUCAGCGAUCGGGUUCGCUUCUCAAUUAGUAUUUAGAGCUGGAGUUUCUAAAACUUUUAUAUUGAUGCCGUGCUCUCACUGCGAGUCGCUAAAUCAAACGGUAAUUAUUUAAAAAAAUUUUUUUUGCUUUAUUAAAUAAUGAUUUUUAUUAAAUUGCACUGUACUUUCUUAACUAUUAACGUUUUUAAAGAUAUAAGCUUAUCCCGAUGUUACACUCAUCGAGACCUUUCAUUCGAGUACCGAUAUCCAUUUUUGAUAUAUUUUUCAUAUAUAUAAUAUAUAUAAAUAUAUGAAAAAUUGAUGUGGGUACUCAAAUGAAAGGUCUUGAUGAGUGUAGUAAUAUCGGGAUGAGCUUAUAACUUUGAAAAUGUCAAUAGUUGACAAGAUAUAAGGUCUUAAUAAUAUAAAUAAAAUUUUUUUUUUUCAGCUUGAUUAUUCAGUACUGCACCAAGUGUUGCUGGAACACGACAUUACGCUUCACAUUCUCAUGGACGGGGACUUUAAUUUCAAAAAGCAACGAUUGAAUAAAAUAUUUUACGGACUAGACGCUACAAAAUCUUACACUAAAAAAGAUGCCAAGGUUUUGGUGGGAGAUGUGGAUUUAAGGAGACAAGUUAAAUUGCCAAAAAGCGCUCUAGGAUACUGCACACCUUUGUCACUGGAGACAAAUGGCACAAUUUUCAGCGGAAAUAAACUUCAGCUGGAUAAGCCGUCAUCAAUUAAAAAAUUCGCGAAUGUAUUCGCGAAAAGAGUCGCCUUGACAGCGCAAUCUAGUCCUUGUCAGCACUGCGAGUGCACGGCUGAUAAUGACGGAGUUACUCGGAUGGAAUGCAUGCCUUGUGCCUAUCCUAUGCCUGCUGCGGUCGAUUACGUCAGUGAAACAUUCAACGAAGACGAUACAUACUCGCUGCUUCAACCACUGGAAGCAGAUUACGCUCAACUGGAUGGUGAGGAUGAUUAA